UCUAUAAAAAAAACCCUAAGGUCUCACUAGCUUUUGCACCCAACACUCAAGCAAAUAAACUACAUUACAUUAUAUUUAAUACAAACAUGGAAAUAGAUAGCAAAAUUUUAUGUUUUGUGGUUUUGUGCAUGGUGAUAGUUGCACCCCAUGCAGAGGCAAUAAGCUGCGGCCAAGUUUCGUCUAGCUUGGCUCCUUGCAUCCCUUAUCUUCAAGGCCGCGGCCCUCUAGGAGGUUGCUGUGGUGGUGUUAAGAGUCUGUUGGCUGCAACCAAGACCCGAGCGGACCGAAGGACAGCAUGCACUUGUAUAAAAUCAGCAGCGAAUGCUGUUAAAGGACUUGAUACCGCCAGAGCCAGUGGUCUCCCUAGGGCUUGUGGCGUUAACAUUCCUUACGAUAUUAGCCCCUCCGUUGACUGCUCCAGAGUCCAGUAAGGCUGAUGAAAGCUGAUCCACUACACAAUAUGGAAGUCGCUAUAUAUUUUAUUAUAAUUAGGACAAGAAUAAAAGGGAUCGAGCUAGUUUGAUCAUGUUUUGUAUUUUGUAUUUUUUAUUUAUGUUUCUUUUUAUUAUUUUGUGUCUUUUAAUUUGGAGUCAUAUAUAGCUAGUCAGUGUCUUGUAAUGAAACUUUGGUGGUUGCUCGUUCUACAGUCCAAUCUUCAUGUA